AUGCUGCCUUCAACAAUUUCAACCGCUCGGAUCUUCACGUACGACUGGAACGCGAAUUUCGACCGCGAAGCGGCGACCGAAAGCUUACUCGGCCAUGCUGACGGACUACUGCUACAACUGCAGAUGCAAAGAGAAGAGGCGCUGCACCGGGCAUCUGGACGCCACAGCAAGUACUCGCGCAUCCUCGAUUCGACCGUCGGUGUGACUUUUCUAGGAACCCCUUUUCGAGGCAGUAGCGAUGGCUUCUUGACUGCAGCACAGCUGCGUCUCAAAGUAGCUGAAUCGAUGGGUGGUGAAACAGCCAACGAGCUUAUUAAGUACCUUAGCAGGAAUGAGCAAGAACGUAAACAACUCGACGACGCCGUCCAAGAGUUCUGUGAAUUGGCCAAGGCUUCUACUUUCAAGGAUUCCAUCUACUGCUUUUACGAGACACAAAAAAGCUCGGGGGAUCACGGAAUCCUCGUUCCGAAAUACUCAGCUUGUCUUGAUUUCAGCAACCUCCGCGUUGGGUUACCCGUCAGGCAUGCGCUGUUGAACAAGUUUUCAGGGCCGGAUGACAUCGCAUUCCAGACUGUAUCAUAUAGCUUGAAAGAGAUUGCCGACCAGAAAAUACAGUCAGAGGCCACUGUCGACAAGACUCUAUUCCUUCUCGACGGCCUGGAUGAAGUAUCACAGUUCUUGGGCGGAUAUGAUGCUAUGUCCCGGUUUCUCAUGGUCCUGCUAAAUCGGCCAAACGUUAUCAUUACAUCCAGGCCCAACGCCAGCCUUCCAUCUUGUAUCCAACCUCUUGAUCACGAAUUGGAAACGAUCGGGUUCUACCCAGAUCAAGUGAGGGAAUAUAUCGAAGAGUCUUUUACUGACCCGGAAACAGCUAAGACUGACCGCGACAAAGUCAACAAAGUCCAGUCCUUCCUUCACGCGCAUUGGCUAAUUCAUGGUCUCGUGCGGAUCCCAAUUCAGCUGGAUGCGCUUUGUUAUACCUGGGACGACCUGGAACCCGGAAAUGUGCCUGAUACCAUGACCGGCAUAUACAAAGCCAUCGUACAAAGGUUGUGGGCGAAGGAUGCUGGGCGACUGGAGAAGCAGGUUGGAAGCUAUAAGAUAGCUCGUACCGCCGAAAUCCAACGUAGUGUCAAUGAUGAGAUCAGGCUGCUUGAGUGUCUGGCCUUCAACGGGCUGCAUAGCGACAUAAUAGAUUUCACGCCAACGCAUCGAGACGAAAUUUCCGCGAGAUUUGAGUUCAAUAUGCCCCUUGAUGAGAUCCUUGGACGACUCUCUGUCAUAAGAACUUCGGACUCAUCACUAAGAGCUGAAAACCAAGAUUAUCACUUUAUACACCUAACCUUUCAAGAGUAUUUUGCGGCGUCGUAUUUCGUGCGGCACUGGAAGGAUAGACGGCAACUUGAGUAUCUUGCACUUUGCAAUAAGGAGACGGAUACAAAGCCAAGUCAUCCUGUAGAGUUUCUUCGGAAACAUAAAUAUACUGCGCGCUACGACGUCUUCUGGCGCUUUGUUGCCGGCUUGCUUGACGCAGGCAGCCAGGUUAUUGGCUUCGUGAAUAUAAUCGAGGAAGAACCGCUCGACCUUUUAGGUCCUACGCAUCAAAGACUGGUCAUGCAUUGCUUGAGCGAAAUAUCCGGUCACUUGCCAAUGCGAGAGGUCCUCGAACAAAGGCUGUCCCAGUGGUUGCUGUUUGAGUGUAAUUUCAACCAUCGUCCGCACCUUGCAAGCGAAGCUGAGUUUCCCGAGCUGGCCCUGAACACUGCUUUACGUGAAGGGUCUGCUGAUGAUCAGAAAACAAUUCUACGGUCGCUAGCCAAACGACCCUCAAUUCCGCGAAGUAACAUUAAGCUGAUAGCUUCCUGGCUCGACAACGAGAACCGAGACAUGAGACAGGCCGCUGUAGAAGCCUUAGGAGGGCAAUCGGCCCUGCCUAACGAUAUACUCAUGGCGGUAGUGGUUCGGCUCGCUGACGAGAUUGAGGACGUGCGAAUGGCCGCUAUCCAAGUCUUAGGUGGGCAAUUGACUCUGUCUAACGAGAUCCUUGUGGCCGUGGCAGCAUGGCUUGACCACAAGGACCAGGACGUGCGACGUGCUGCCGUCGAGGCCUUACGUGGGCGAUUGGUCGUAUCUAAUGAGAUCUUUGCGACUGUUCUCAAUAACGAGAACAAGUACGUGCAACAGCACGUUGGCAAAGCCUUAGGAGGGCGAUCACCUCUGCCUAAUGAGAUGCUUAUGGCCGUGGCGACACGUCUUGACGAGAACGAGGAAGUGCGACAGGCAGCUAUCGAAGCCUUAGGUGGGCGAUCCGCUCUGCCUAACGAGAUCCUUGCCGCCGUACUUGAUAGCGAUGACGAGUGCUUGCGACAGGCCGCUCUCGAAGCCUUAGGUGAGCGAUCGGCCCUGCCUCACGAGAUGCUUACACUAGUGGUAACACGGCUUGCCGAUAAGAAUGAGAACGUGAAAAUGACCGCUGUUGAGGUCCUAGGAAGGCAAUCGGUUCUGCCUAACGAGAUCCUUACGGCUAUAGCAGCAUGGCUUGACUAUAACGAUGGGGAUGUGCGAUAUGCCGCUAUUAAAGCUUUAGCUAGGCGAUCGGUCCUGCCUAACGAGAUGCUUACGGCCGUAGCGGCAUGGCUUGACGACGAGGACAAGUACGUGCGACAGGCUGCUGUCGAAGCCUUAGGUGUGCAAUCGGGCCUACCUAACGAGAUUCUUGCGGCCGUAGCGACACGGCUUGACGACAGGGACCAGCACGUGCGACGUACUGCCGUCGAAGCCUUAGGGAGGCGAUUAGUCCUACCUAAUAAGAUUCUCAUGGUAAUGCUAGCACGACUUACCGACGAGAACGAGGACGUGCGAGAUGCUGCUGUUGAAGCCUUAGGUGAGCAAUCGGCUCUAUCUAAUGGGAUUCUCACGGCUAUUGCGGCACGGCUCGAUAACGAGAAUGUGUACGUGCGACAAGCAGCCAUUGAAGCCUUAGGUAGGCAAUCGGCCCUACCUGACGAGAUUCUCACGGCCGUGGCGGUACGACUUGACGACAAGAACGAGGAGGUGCAAUACGCCGCUAUCGAAACCUUAGGUAGGCAAUUAGCCUUACCUGACAAAAUGCUCACGGCCAUAGCAGCACGGCUUAACGAGAAGGACCGGCACGUGCGACGUGCCGCUAUUGAAGCCUUAGGUAGGCGAUUAGCUCUACCUAAGAAGAUCCUCAUGGUAAUACUAGCACGACUCACCGACGAGAACGAGAACGUGCGAGAGGCUGCUGUUGAAGCUUUAGGUGAGCGAUCGGCCUUAUCUAACGAGAUACUUACAGCGGUAGCAGCACGACUUACCGACGAGAAUGAGGACGUGCGAAUGGCCGCUCUUGAAGCCUUAAGUAGGCAAUCAGCUUUAUCUAAUAAGAUCCUUACGGUUAUAGCAGCACGACUUGCCGACGAGAAUAAGUGGGUGCGACAGGCCGCUGUCGAGGCCUUAGGUGGGCAACCAGCCCUGCCCAAUAAGAUGCUUACGGCUGUGGCGGCACGGCUCGACGACCAGGAUGUGUACGUGCGGCGAGCCGCCACCCAAGCCUUACUUGAUGGAGUGCAAAAACACGGAAAAUUGUAUUGUUCCUUUCUCAAUAGCCCUUGCGUCGCAUCGCUUUACAAGAAUUUACUCUCUAGAAGCUUCAAUGAACCCUUAAGUUGGUACAGUGAGGAUAACAACUGCUGCUUCAACAUGCCAGAGGGUAUCAGAAGAGUUUCUAUGGACAAUCAACACACCGAUAUCAUGGCCAAGAUUAACGCGGCGAGGCCAGCAGACUUUCCAUCAACCGGCCGUGGGAGCAGAGCUUGCCCUCCUGCCAGUCCUGUUUGA